UGUUUGGAUACAAUAGAUUCUAAUCAACUUCAAUACAUUCUAAAUACUAUACAAAGUACUUUAACUAUGAGUGAAGAUAAUUCACAACCUGUAAUUGAAAGUAAUAAUAAUCAGCAUAAUUGA